AAUUUACCUUCGACGUCUUUCCACAUGGAUCCUGCAUGUUGUUUCCAUGUCUUCCCCAUGUUCUCUUUCAAAGAUAAUGAACAAAAAGGUUAAACAUUGAUGGACUAGAUUAUUUAAAACAAUCUUGUGAGUAACGUCUCCGGGCAGAGGUUUUCAUUCAGGGCACCAUGGCGGACUUCGGAAUGAUGUUGAGGGCUGCUGGAGACUUUGGAUUAUUUCAGAAGAUUCUACUCAUAGCCAUAUGGUUUCCCUUCCUUUUACUAUCGUUUAUCUUUGCCAGUGUCCUCUUCGCUGACUCUGACCCAGAGCGCCACUGUAACACGGACUGGAUCCUGGGGGCCGGUCCCAACCUGACAGAAGAGGAGCAGCUGAACCUGACCGUUCCCCGGGAGCCAGACGGCUCCCUCAGCCGGUGUCUGAUGUACGCUCCGGUGAACUGGACCCUGGACUCCAUCCGCCAGUAUGGCCUGAACCACACCACCGCCUGCCGGGACGGAUGGGUGUACGACCAGACCCUGUACCAGGCCACCAUAGUCACCGAUUUUGAUCUAGUUUGUGACAAGGCGAACGAGUUGGCAGUGGCCCAAACGGUGUUGGGGGCCGGCAUUCUUAUCGGUUCGCUACUGUUCGGACCUUUAGGAGAAUCGUUUGGCCGCAGACGGACCACUCAGAUUCCAGUGCUGUUCCUUUUUAUAUUCACGCUCACAGGUGGCCUUAGUCCCAACUACUACUUAUAUCUGGCCUCCCAGUUUGGGGCAGGUAUGGGGUAUGGGGGCUUCCGGAUGAACGCCAUCGUGCUGAUGACUGAGUGGAUAGGGAUAACCAAGCGCUCCCUGGGCGCGUGUGGGGGCCAGUUCUCUGGGGCUGCCGGGCUGGCGUGUAUGUCGGGGAUCAACUACCUAACCCGUGAUUGGAGGCUGGCUCAGUUGGUCAUGGCGGUGCCGAUGGGCCUGGCUGCUGUCUACAUAUGGUUUAUACCGGAGUCGGCCCGCUGGCUGCUGGACAGGGGGAGGACAGAGGAGGCCAAAGAGUUGAUCCUCAAAGCAGCGGCCAUCAACAGACGCACCGUUCCAGAAUCCCUAUUCGAAAAGAUUACAGUGAAUAAAACUGUGGAGAAAGGGGGCAUAUGGGUCCUUAUCAAAUCACCUGUGCUUCGAAAACGCUUCCUGAUCAUAGUAUUUGCAUGGUUUGCAGUGAGCCUCACCUUUAUCUGCCUCGGGUUUAACGUGGGGAAGUUUGGGCUGGACAUCUUCCUGACCGAGCUGCUGUUCGGACUCACAGAGUUACCGGCUCAUCUGCUGUGCUUCUGGCUGUUGGAGCUCGCAGGCAGGAAGUUAUGCCUGAUGUUCACCAUCCUGGUGGGGAGUCUAGCGUGCCUCAGCAUCCUGGCUGUUCCCGCAGGAAAUGCCAUCGCUGUGACCGUGUUGGCCAUCACGGCGCGGAUCCUUAUGACAGUGGGUUCGAGCAUAUCCAGCGUUUACAUUCAGGAGCUGUUUCCCACGUCCGCGAGACAUACUGCAGCUGGACUAGGGGGCCUAGCGACUAGAGUGGCAGGGCUGUUGGCUCCCUCAGUCAACCUGCUGGUGGUGUACCACUACUCCAUACCCAUCUCAGUGUUCAGCAGCCUCACCUUGCUGAGUGGAGCCCUAAUCUUCCUGCUUCCAGAGACGCGCGGGAUAGAGCUGGCAGACUCCACCGCACAGGCUGAGAUCCAGAGGUGACAGGUCCAUGGUCACCAAUGGAGGAGAUUAUUGAUACGCUCCGAAGUUUGGCCGAUGAUGUGGAGAACAAUCGUGUUGAAGACACAGAUGCAGCAGAUAGAGUGCGUGUUCUGGGAGAUAGGAUAGACGACUUAUCCUCUCUGGUACGUUUUGACGCCAGUAUGGUAAACACAAAGAUUUCCCAAGUGCUACAGGCACUGGGUGCGAAACAUAGGGUCGGGAGACCCACCAUGGAGAUACCCUUGGAGGCAAUAGGAAGUGACGUAGUUCCUGCCCAGACGCUGAUUGGCUGAUACGUUUGCCACUUUGCAUAUUGACCUUUUGGAAAACGUUUUGGAUUACGUUUUGGAAAACGUUUUGCCAAAUGUUUUGCAAUGCGUUUUGCGGAUUGAAAUCUCAUUUGAAUAUCGCAACACACGGAGCGUGGCGAAGUGGAUUGCAAUCACGGAGACGCUAUAGCUUUUCAAUUUGAAUAAAGGAAUUAGAAUUUGAGAUGGAUGUAUCACUGAUAGUUUUGAGUUAUACAUUCUAGGUGCAGUGUGUAUGGUUUACUGGCCUCUAGUGGUGAGGUAGCAAAUUAAAUUAAACUGGAUUUCCACCAUCCCCAACACGACUUAGGAAAAUCUACCGUAGCCUGAAUUGGCCUGUAAGGUGCCAGUGGGUACUUCCAAAACGAAGUCAUGGUCUUUAACAGCAGCGAGUGGCAAAGUGUGCAUUGAGCUAUCAAGUUCCUUGAUAGAUUUCCUCAUUUCCUAAAUACUUCCUAAGUGUAAGAUGCUUUGAAUUAAAGUGUCUGCAAAAUGCUAUAAAUGUAACUGUAAAUUACCUGUAGUUAUUAAGUCUUUAAAACUAUGGGUAACAGUAAGUAAGUAAGUACAAUUUAUUUAUAAAAGCACAUUUAUAACUGUUUGCAGUGACCAACAUUGGAAUAAAAUGAAAAAAUAAAAGACAUGAAACCGGACAUCCACACACAACAAAGGCAGUAGUGCAGAGGUCAGGUAGUUAAUGGGGAGGGAAGGGAAGGUUGUACAGAUGGGUUUUGAGCAUUGAUUUAAAGGCAUAAAUGGAGGGGACAUCACGUAUGUCGGGUGGCAGUUGGUUCGACAGCGGAGCAGCUAUAGCGAAGGCCCGGUCACCUUUUUGUUUCAGUCUGGAGCGGGGGAUGUGUAGAAGACCCUUAUUAGAGGAUCUUAGGGACCUAGUGGCUGAGUGGGGGUGUAAAAGGUCUGAUAUAUAAGAUGGGGCCUGACUAUUAAUGGCUUUGAACACCAUAAGAACAGUCUUAAAAAUGAUCCUUUGUUGUACUGGCAGCCAGUGAAGGGAAGCAAGAACUGGAGUGAUAUGCUCCCACUUUUUCGAUCCAGUCAACAGUCUUGCUGCUGCAUUUUGAACUAUUUUGAGGAGUUAUGAGGGACUGAGGGAGACCAAGGUAGAGGGAGUUACAGUAAUCCAGCUGUGAUGUUAUGAAAGCAUGGAUGACUAUUUCCAGAUUGUGGUAUGAUAGGGUGUGCUUUAUUUUAGAGAUGGUUCUGAGCUGGUAGAAGCUGUUCUUCACGAGGAGAUUUGCUUAUUAAAGCAUAGCUCCGAAUCAAAAAUGACGCUGAGGUUUCUAGCAGAUGGUUUUAAGAAUGAGACUACCUAGGUCAGUGAAGAUGGGUUUAUUGAAUUUGGAGGGGUUAAAUAUGAUAACUUCCCAUUUGCUAUUGUUUAUUGGGGGGAAAUUAUCCCCCAUCCAGUCAUUUAUCUCCUUGAGACGCUCUAGGAGCGUCUGGCAAUCCCUGGAUCUCAGAGGAAGAUAUAAUUGUGAGUCGUCGGCGUAAAAGUGGAACGACAGGUUGUAUUUUCUUAUUAUAUUCCCCAGUGGGAGCAUAUAUAAACAGAACAGGAUUGGACCCAGGAUGGACCCCUGAGGGACCCCACAAGACAGAAGGGCAGAGGAGGAGUGCAGACCUAUGGACACUGAAAACGAUCUAUGGGAGAGGUAGGAGGAGAACCACUGCAGAGCUGAGCCCCUAAUACCAACCCACUGAUGGAGACGGGCUAGAAGAGUGGGGUGGUCUACGGUGUCAAAGGCAGCACUUAGGUCUAAUAAGACAAAAAUGGCGUUCUCACCCGUGUCUAGCGUGAGGCGUAGGUCGUUAGACAUUUUCAGCAAAGCCGUUUCAGUGCUGUGGCGUGCCUUAAAGCUGGACUGAAAGGGCUCCAAGACAAUGGCAGAGUUGAGAAAUGGCAGUACUUGAGAGAGGACUGCUUUUUCCAGAAUUUUUUUAAUGGAUGGUAGUUUAGAUAUGGGACGGUAAUUAUUUGGGCAAUUAACAUCCAGGUUAUGUUUCUUAGGCAACAGCUGGACAACCGCGUGCUUGAAACAAGAGGGAACAGUGCCAGAGACGAGGCAUGUGUUUAUAAUGAUCAGAAUGCUUGGACCUAUGGUUUCAAUGGCGUCUUUGAUGAUCUGAGAGGGGAUAGCAUCAUUGGGAGAUGUAGAGGGUUUCAUGUGCUUGAUAAUAUCUCUCAGAUCAACAAGGGUCACUGGUGAAAAAUGAUAAAAUAUAGCUGUAGCAGCUGGGGGACACGGUAAAGUGCUGGAAGCAGAGGGGGUAAAAGACAAGUUUUCUAUUUAUCAAUAAAAAACCUUAAAAAAGUUUCACAAAUCCCUGUGGAUGAUUCGACCUCUGGGGAGACUUCGGGGUUAAUAAUUGAGUUGAUGGUGCUAAAAAGGAUUUUCGGUCUGUGGGCGUGUUUGUUAAUCAUAUCUGAGAAAUGUUUGGCUCCGGCUUUCUUAGCCGCUGUCUGGAAGGCUGCUAAUGAAUUUCUUUAUAUAUGAUGAUCAAUUAAAAACGUGUCCUCUCUAAUGCUGUUUGUCCUGUCUUGGUUACAGUAGAAAUAAUGCAGUGAAAAUUGGCGGGUGUCCAUGAAAGAGGACCCGCUCCCUCAGUAGAAGUAACGAGCUCAUUCUAGGGUAAUUAAAAUAACUUUGAUUACUAAAUUCAACGGAUAUAGACUAAAUAAGACAUACUUCAAAUGGAAUAUGACAUAUAUCAAAUUCCAUUUCUUCCCUGUUCAACGAGAUGCCACUCAGUUAUACACACUGCACCUUCAAUGUAAAGUUCUAAAACAAAAAGAUAAAGUUGCUCUAACAAAGUUGAUAUUUCAAUCGUUUCCUUGUCAUGUCAAACAAGGGACGGAAAAAGAAAGAACAUUUAGAUUUCAGGGUUUGCAGAGUGACAUGCAAUUGUUUAUAGAGCACUUCCUGUUCUUGUUCACGCUGGCAGUAAGAGAGGAUAGUGACUGAAUAUGCAUCUCUGGAGAUCAGGACCCUCCGUGACCACACUAAUCCUAAAACCAAACCAUAACCCUAAAACCAAAAUCAAUUUGGAAACCCAAUCCAUCACAACAACCCUGGAACAAAAAACGGAACCAUCAAAUCCCACCCAUAAGAACCCCUACCCCUAGAACCCUAUUUAUAACUUACACACACGUAACAUAACUCUGCAACUAUCCCAUGACACAUCCUAUUUCCUUUUAUGGUCUUCAAACCCAAACCAUCAAACCCAUAAAAUGAUUGUUUCAACGUCAAUUGAUCAGAAUAACAGAUUUUUAAAUAUUGUGGCAUGGUAGUGUAUGGUUAUUUUACGUAGUCAGAAUAUAUGUUACCCCUUUUCACUGGUCGGCCAUGCCAAGAACGUUCGGGUUACGUGGUGACCUUGGUUCUCUGAGUGAAGAGACCAUCUCUCCACUCCGUUACAUAUUCCAUAUGUACGGGGUAACUCUUUAAGAUACCUUGCAGGAGACGGUGCCAGCUGUUAGAUAGAUCAAGUUCAAGUUUAUUAUAGCCAUUUCAACAGUAUAUAAAAUACAGUUGAUAGGAAUUUGUUUUGGUGUGCUCACAUGUAUUACACAGCAACAUAACAACACAACAUUACAAGACAGAAAGCCAAAACGGCACAUAAAUAACAAGGAGUACAACACUUAACACACAUGAAAAACACACAAUGCAUGGUUCACGGGGAAUGACAGCAGUAAAGUACAGUACAGUGGUGCAAAAACUGCAAGUGAGGUAGACCAUGGAGAUCUUAAAGACCUUAAAGUGCUUAGUGCUUGUUCAAGUGGCGUAUAGCUUGUAGAUAGGUACUAUCCCUAAAGCGUGUUGUUUUACUUGUGAUGCUUCUGUACCUCCUCCCUGAUGGUAAGAGUGUGAAUAAGUGGUGUGCUGGAUGAGAGGGGUCAGAGAUGAUGUUCCUAGUUUUCCUGGAAAUUCUGGUGUCAUAGUGCGAGCCUAUGGUAGGCAGACUACAGCCAAUGAUUUUAGAGGCCCAGCGUACUACCCUCUCAAGCUGUUGUUUGUCCUGGCUGGUAGCACUACCAUACCAGACCAGGAGGGAGAAGGUGAGCACGCUUUCGAUGGCUGCACGAUAAAAAUGGGUCAUGCCUGCCUGACUGACCCCAAACUUCCUCAGCUGACGGAGGAAGUAUAACCUCUGAUGGGAUUUGGAAAUAAUAAGACUAAUGUUGAGGUUCCAUGAUAGGGACUGGUGGAUAGUGGUGCCUAAGAAGCGGAAGGAGGAGACCCACUCCACAACUUGGCCAUUAAUGGAGAUGGGAAGGUGCUGGCCUGCCUUUUUCCUAUAGUCAAUGAUGAUUUCUUUGGUUUUGGUUGUAUUUAGUAUAAGGUUAUUGUCUUCACACCACUGCACCAGCUGUUCAACCUCAAUCCGGUAGGUAGAUUCCUCCCCACCAGAUAUGAGGCCUAUGACAGUGGUGUCAUCUGCAAACUUUAACAUUUGAACAGAUGCAGAGUUUGAUGUACAAUUAUUAGUGUACAGUGAAAAUAAUAGAGGUGACAAGACACACCCUUGUGGGGCGCCAGUGUUCAGAAUCCUUGGUGAUGACACAUUAUUUUUUAUUUUAACACACCGUUUCCUACUGGACAGGAAGUUUAAGAUCCACUGACAAAGUACAGCAUCAACUCCUGCAGCCUGGAGAAAAUUGUACAGUCUGACAGGAAUGAUGGUAUUAUUAAGCCGAGCUAAAAUCAAUGAACAGUACACGGGCAUAGGUGGACUUAGUGUUCAGAUGUUGCAGAAUGAAAUGUGUGCAAAGUGAAACUGCAUCGUCCACUCCCCUAUUAGCCCUGUAGGCAAAUUGGUGAGGGUCUAGCGUGAUGUACGUCAAGUACCUACAAACUAGGCGCUCAAGUACCUUCAUAACAACAGAAGUAAGUGCCACAGGCCUAUAGUCAUUAAGACAGGUUAUGUUUCUUUUCUUGGGCACUGGAAUGAUCAUAGCGGAUUUAAAACAUGCAGGUACCGUUGCUGUGUUAAGAGACCAGUUGAAAAUGUAAGUGAGUAUGGAGGCAAGCUGGUCUGCACAGCUCUUUAGAGUAGCUGGUGUCACACCAUCAGGCUCUACUGCUUUAUUGAUUUUCUGAUGCCGUAGCAGUCUACGGACAUCAUGCUCUAGGAUGGAAAAGGUAGAGUGCCCAUCCAACAGAGAAUGUUGGAGAGAACUAGUCUGGGCACCAUUGUUCUCAAAACGGCAGAAAAAGUCAUUAAGUCGCUCUGGCAGGGAGGAGUCACAGUCAAGAACGUGAUGUUUUGUCUUGUAGUCAGUGAUCGCCUGUAGGCCUUGCCAGACAUCCUUAAUGUUGUGAUCUGGAGUUUGUUUUCAAGUUUGAGUCUGUAGUUGGCUUUAGCUGUAUUAACUGCUUUCCGGAGUUUGUAUUUAAGUAGUAUGUAUUGCUCUUUGACCCCACAUUUAAAAGCGUCAUUUUUCUCCUUACACAGGCGCUUAACUUCCUUGUUAAACCAAGGCUUGGUGUUGCUGUAGAUAGUAACAGACUUGGUGGGGAUGCACACAGACUCGCAGAAACAGAUGUAGGACAUUACGCAGUCAGUGAAAGUAUCUAUAUCAUCCUGAUUCUCAGGUUUAAAAACAUCCCAGUCAGUGAUGUCAAAACAGUCCUGCAACAUAUCUAUAGCCCCAGGGGAGCUCCUCUUAACCCACUUAUUGGCUUAGAUGUCUUAAGUCUCUGUCUGUAUUUAGGAACAAGAAAUAUGGUGUUGUGGUCGGA